CGCAACGUUGCAUGCUUCCUUUAUCUCUUUCGGACUUAUGAUCAAUUCAAACUUAUAGCUGUCGUUUUCAAGCUUUUCUUAUUUUAUUAUAUUUGGUAAACUAAACUGUACACUUUUUCACUCGUUGCUCGACUGUGGUUUAUUGACACUGAUACUCCUGAUGGAUGAAAUCGCGUAUUCAACCUACCUCAACAAACUGACCGACGYUCAUAGCGAACGAGUACGUCAACCAAGCACACAUCCAAGGUUUGUUAGGUUUGAAGACCGACUCGAGAAAUCAGACUUGACCGAGGAGAUCAUCAAACAGCAUAUGAAUGGACGUGAUCUGAUGCAAUGGUGUGGUGUUGUGCUUUUAAAAUCUCCACUUGACUACUGCAUAUACCAACUAAUGUUACAAGAACUCAAACCAGCUACUAUAAUAGAAACGGGGACGUUCAAUGGUGGAGGAGCUUUAUGGAUGGCCGAUUUAAUGAAGAUUCACAAGACGCAAACACAUGUUUAUUCUAUGGAUAUCAGCUUCUCUUAUGUAGAACCUUCAAUCAGGAACAGAGAAGAUAUUACACUCAUUAAUGGUGAUGCAAAUAACAUCAAAGAAGCCUUCCCUGCAAGUAUGCUUAAGAAUCUUCCACACCCAUGGUUGAUCACUGAUGAUGCCCAUGUCAACUUGCCAGGUGUCUUAGCACACUUUGAUCAGUUCACUCAAUCUGGUGACUAUGUUGUAGUUGAGGAUACUCAUCCUUUACUGCCAUUCMACCUUGGUUAUGGGCUGUUUAAAGAAGUCCCUUUUAAGCCUACUGGCAUAUCAUGGACGUAUGAACCAUUUAAAGAAUUUAUGAACACUUGUGGUGAACAUUAUCUUGUYGAUUCAGGAUACACUGACCUCUAUGGAUACAAUGCAACAUGGAAUUAUAACAGCAUCCUGCGUAGAGUGUAAUAAUAUUUUCUUUAAGAAUAGAAUUAAAGGUGAUUCCAAGACU